CGUGCUUCUCCUUCAUAGCCAGCCUGUUUUUGGGAUCUCUGAACCUGCUGGAGGAAUUUGGGCCUUUCAGAGAGAGUUCCCUAAGAGAAAGGCCUACCCAGCAACCCCCCACCCCCAACAUUAGGGAAGGAUGGGCUGUUGAGGGGCCUGGGAGCCAGUGACCCUUGCCUUUCUCCCCCUGCCUUCCUAGCAAGAAGUCCCUCCCCUGAAGCAGCUCCUGUUACCAGUUCUAUCCCUCACCUGAAAGGCAGCCAGGUACCAAAGGACUGGUGAGCCCUCCCAGGGAGAGGUAAGGGCCUCCUCCCUGCGUUGCCACCCAGGAAGCAUCGCCAUAGCAACCCCAGCAGCAAACAAUGCUGCCAAGAAAGUCUUCCCUACAAAGCUGCCCAUGCUGCUGGGGAGCCCAGAAAAAUGGCCAGCCAUCUGCAAAGACCACCCAGAGGGCGGGAUGACCCAUCCCAAAUGAGAGAAACUUUCCUGAAGAUGGUCCACACCCAUGAGACCCUCCCGACCCCGUGCACGUGGGCCCAACGCGAGUUCCUCCUCCCCAGGGAGCCCAAGGAGCUGCCCGGCUUCACCCAGCAAGCCUACCACCAGCUGGCCCUGAAGCCGCCACCCUACACGGAGAUGAAGGCCAAGGUUCGUCAACGACUGGCCUGCCCCUGGAAGGACACAGCCCAGCACACCUGGGGCUUCCACACCUGGCUGGACAUCGGGCGUCUGCCGGCGACCUUCCCCUCCAGGCCCGACAAGCCCUACGACAGCAACGUCUGGCGCUGGCUGACAGACUCCAGGGCCCACCGCCAGCCCCCAGCAGAGCCCCCCGUGCCCCCUCCCUCCUGGCUGGGUCAGAACAGCUUCCUGACCUUCAUCUCCUGUACUCCGAUCUUCCUGGACGUGAACAGGAAGAAACAGGUGAUCUUCAGGACGGUGAAGGAACUCCAAGAGGUGGAGAAACUCAAGCUGAGGAGUGAAGUGAGGGCACCCCCUCUCGACACCCAUGGCAACAUCCUUCCCCCCAAGGCAUCCAAGAAGUACCGGCACUUCUCAGCUGGUGGAAAGUAUGAGCCCGGGGACCUCCAGCUCAUGCCCAACCCACUUCCCAACGAUCUGGCCAGGAGCUGGCCCUGCCCAAACCCGCUGCCUCACUACCGGGAGCGGGCGGCCAGGCUGGCCUUGCUGCCCAGCGCGCCUCUGAGCCAGGACCUGGUGAGGAACUACCAAACCCUGCUGGAGAGCCGGGUGGUCUUGCCCCUCCACUAUCACCCCAGGGCCUGUUCUGGCAGGACCUCAGUGAGAAGGAGACCUGGACACCUGUAGGAGCGGCUCCAGGCGUGUGGGCACCAUGGUGGGCACACGGAGCCCCCAGCUGUGGUGUUCUCAACCCACGCACCUUCAGCAGGAAGUCUCGGGUGCCAAAGGACUCAGGCUUCUGCAGACAAAGCCUCUCCACCACCCUCCCCGGCUUCAUCUGUACCCUGGCUUCUGGAGACUCUCCUGAAAUUCU